AUGUCUACAAAAGGGAAUCAGAAAUUAGCGGGCUGUACAGGAACCACCGCGCAGAACGCGGAGCGAGGCGAGCGGCCCCAGAGCAGGGGCCAGGCCGCAGCCCAACUCAUCCCGCGCCGCCCGGGCCUGCUCGCACACACCAGGCGGCCCCGGGCCCGCGCGGCGCUUCGGGCCCCUUCCCCACACGGCGCCGCCCGGGGCAGGGGAGGCACCGCCUCCACCUCCUCGCCGCCCCCACACGGGGCACCCGGUGGCGUGAGGGGCUCCCCGGCAGCGCCGCCCCGCUCUGUCCCCGGCCCCUCGCACAGACUUUCUGGCACCCGCCGCCUCCCCCCCGUCCGCAGCUCCGGCCCGCUCCCUCCCGGCCCGACAGGCCCGGGCAGCGACGCUCGAGUUCCCGGCGAGCCGCAGGCCGCGCAGGGUGACCCGGCCUGGCUGCUCGGGAAAGGCGCCGUCUCCCAGCCCGGGCCGGAGAGGCUCCGCGCCACCCCCGCCACUCACCUCAGCCUCCCGCAGCCUCCUCACCGGAGCCGAGCCCUCCUCAGCGCCACGCCGAGACCGGAGCGGCGGCGCGGCGGCGGCAGCCCGAGCCCCGCGGCAGGCGGCGGCCAGCGGCAUCCAUGGCGCUCCGCCCGCUGCGGGGUGGGCGGGCGCGGCAGGAGCGGCGCUCGGGGCGGAGCUGAGGAGGCCGAGCGGCCGCUGGGGGCGCUGCGGGAGCCUCCGCGGAGAAGGGGCCGCUCCCGCGGGCGCGCUCCGCCCCGCGCCGCCGCUGCGGAGCGGCAAGCGAGGGCCCGGGGAGCCCCAGGUGCGGCCUGCCCGGCGAAGGGCCCUCCCCGGCUCAGGCGGCCUUCCCCUGCUGCGGCUUAUACUUUCCAGAGGCCACUCGGAACCACUUUGAUCCCCCUCCAGCACCUCCAUGAAAAGGGAUCUGCCACUCCACUGUUGCACAAGCCUGGGGAGCACAAACAUAGUGUCAGCGUCUUGACUUCGCAGCAGUGCGUGCCAGCCCUGGCAGCCCUGGCGAUCAGCAAUCCCGUGCUGCUGGCCGGCGAGGUGUGUUUACGAGGCGGCUCUGACGCAACCCCGCAGCAGGAGCUGGGUGAGAGGUUUCCUCCUCGGGAGGCCAACCCCUGCAAUUGCGCGUCCAUGUGGUGAGCGCACGAGUGACGCUGACGUGAUAAAUAUGCGAGGGACAUGCUGGUGUUUACUGAGGUACGCGCUGAGUCAUUGCUCAGCUUGUGGGGCUCCUCCUCAGCAGAGGCUCAUCUUCCUGGAAGCUGCUUCCUCAGUCAGCUACCCUCAGAGCUGACUAGGGAAGAGCGUGUUUUUCAGAAAUCUGCAAAUACUCUGAAAUUAUCUUUUCUUCUGUCUGAAAUUAUUGCUCAAAAUCAUAAGCAUUAAAGUGGUUUUUCCUAAGUAAACUCACUUAUGUGGA